CGGCUGACGCGAGGAACCGGGCGACGAAGGCUAACAGCGCGGCGCACCGGAAGUGACGUUCCGAGAGGCGUCGGGCCCUAACCAUGGCCCACAAGGCCGCGCAAUGGCCGUCGGAGGAAACCCUGUUGCUCUGGAAACGGGAACAAGCCCGGCUGAAGGCGCGCAUGGUGGACCGGGACACGGAGGCCUGGCAGCGGGACCCCACCUUCUCGGGCCUGCAGAGGGUCGGGGGCGUGGACGUGUCCUUCGUAAAUGGGGAUAGUGAUCGGGCCUGCGCUUCCCUGGUAGUGCUGAGCUACCCAGAGCUCAAGGUGGUGUAUGAGGACAGCCACAUGGUUCACCUGAAGGCCCCCUACGUGUCAGGCUUCCUGGCCUUCCGAGAGGUACCCUUCCUGGUGGAGUUGGUACAGCGGCUUCAGGAGAAGGAGCCAGGCUUCAUGCCCCAGGUCCUUCUUGUGGAUGGAAACGGGGUGCUUCACCAACGAGGCUUUGGGGUGGCCUGCCACCUUGGUGUCCUUACAGAUCUGCCCUGCGUUGGGGUAGCUAAGAAGCUCCUGCAGGUGGACGGGCUGGAGAACAAUUCCCUGCACAAGGAGAAGAUCAUGCUCCUUCAGGCUGGGGGAGACACGUUUCCUCUGAUGGGCAACUCUGGGACGGUCCUGGGAAUGGCCCUGAAGAGCCAUGAGCACAGCACCAACCCCCUCUAUGUCUCUGUGGGCCACAGAGUAAGCCUGGAGGUCGCUGUGCGCCUGACCCACCACUGCUGUAGGUUCCGGAUCCCAGAGCCUAUACGCCAGGCUGACAUCCGCUCCCGAGACUACAUCCGAAGGACUCUAGGACACCCUGGGUCUCCUGCACAAAGGCAGGAGAGGAGCCAGAAGGAGCAGAGGCCAAAAGUAUGCCCCAAAGAUGGCCCAGGAGCACCUGCAGAUCAAGGCAGGCCCCCCGAGGACUAUGGCAGAGACUCCAGCACAGACCUGAAAGACCCCCAGCCAGGCUUCCAGGAGCAGCAGAAGGACCAACAGUUGGAGAGAACUGAGCAUCAUGAAGACUCAGACCUCUAACCUCCUCCUCCAACCUGGGUACAGUCACCACCCUGAGAAGAUGAUCUCUAGGAACUAUGGGAACCUCACCCACAGCCACAGGUAGAGCGCCAGGCCCCAGAGGCAACGGUGACCAAAACCCCAGCGCUAAUGGCUACCCAGCCUCCUCAGUCGCUGGCUGCUCAGUGUCGUCACCAUGCCCCAGCGAUUGAGGAGGCUGGGUAGCCAUAAGACCAGGAAACACACACAAGCACCCAGCACACAAGAGCUGCAGGCGCCCAGAGGCCCUGAGGUUGGCAGCCUGCGCCAGCACCUGCAGCUCGGCCCUUCCCCCUUGGAACACAGAUCUGCUUCUGGCUUUGCCCCUCUAUCCUCAGGGGUCACUGUUCCAUCACCAUCCUGGCCACAGGCUGCCAGGCUGCGGUCCCCAAGGUGCCUGUCCUUAAGCCUACCUACUGCUGCGCUUGAGGGACCUGCAGUGGGAAAGCCUCCGCCUGGAGCAGGCUCCAGAGUGGGCGGUGGGGAGUCAGCUCCACAGAGGGUGCCAGAUGGGAACCGGUUGAGGCCCAUGGUGAGAAAGGCCCAGGCUGGGCUCCUCACUUCUCUUCCUGCCGCCUUCUCACCAGAGGGAGCGUCAAAAUUCCAUCCCACCAAGAGAGCAGGUCUGCUCUAGGCCAGUGGCUUCUCUGGGUGGCUUAAAGUGGUUGCUGAGGCAGCCACAGAGGUGGCCACCAGCAGCAUGGCUCCAGCACCCUGUCCUCCCAUACAUACACACAUCCUCUAGAUUCAUCAGAGUGGCAGCUGAGGUGGGACACAGAGGUGACCUACCUGUAACAUGUCCCCUGCCUGUACCCUAAUCCCCACACUCCCUGGAGGAGAGGCAACAGGUGGUGGGUGAAGCUAGCUGCCAAAUCCUGUGGACACCCGUGGGGGGAUCAGGACGGACCGAGGGUUAGUGAUGAGGGAGGGACACCAGGGACGGCUCUCCUGUGAUGAUAUCCAGUCCCAUUUAGAUCCAGCUGGGCUGCCGAGUCUCCCUCCUAAGCCAGUCUGUAGUGACUGUCAAGACCCCUGGGGGUGGGUCUGCUGCUGCAGUCUCUGACGGAACUGGCAGCGGGUCCCCACUCCCUGGGAUUUCAGUUUGGGACAUUAGGACAAAUGUACAUGUGGUCCUGUCACCCAGUAAGUUCCCAGGAAAUGAGGUAUGAGGCAGAGGGAGGCAACCUCCCCACCACACACCCGAUGUAAGAGCCCCAGGGACACCCAUGGGGUCAGAACGGGAAGGGAAUCCCUGUGGUGCCCACAUCCCUCACCUCCCAUGGGGGUGUGUGGGAAGGGAAGUGUAUGCUUGACCAGGAAUCCCCCACCCCAGCUUUGGCCUCACUCCACCUACUUGCUGAGUCAGAGUCCCGGGCUAGUACCCUGGGUUUAACAGAGUGCCGCAGACUAUCAGGUCCCCAGAGGUACAGCCCCUAUCACUCACCGACAUUCUACACAUACGCACGUGCGCACACACAUGCACACACACACAUUCCCUGACACUCCUGUGGAAGCCAAGAGCUGGAGAGCCUGCAGCUGCCCCCACCAUCUGUCUUCCUAACUUCUUCCAGAUUCUCCCUCCUCGAGCCCUGUCAAGACAGUUGUGGGGGGAUUGGGGGGAUUGGAAGCAAAAGCUUGAGGCUGAACUGCAAUGACCAGAAUCCUCAUGCAGAGCUCAGAUGUUCAAGUGGGGAACAAGGCCUGUCCAGCCACCCAUGCUGCUGGAAGGUGCCGCGGGGGCGGCGGGGGGUGGGGUGGGGGGGGGUUGUCUUCACACGGCCCCGGCACACAGCAUCCUUGAGUGAGGAAAAGCUGUUAGUUUAGAGAAAUGGGCUCCAGAGGCCAAGACCAUCAGUCGUUAAGGCCAGCCUUACAGAUGAGGGAAAAACAGCUUACAGAGUCCCCCAUCCCACCUCACUUAACGGGCAGUUCCGCCCGCUCCUGUGAGCCACCAGAGUGGCUGGGGACCCAGCCUGGCCACCUCUCUGUUUCACCUGUUCCACUCCAACACGAGACCUUCCCCAGGACACACACAGGUCAUACCCGUCACACUGACACCACUCAGCUUGCUACCUUCCAACACUCAGACCCUCUUCUCAGCAAGUCAUGGUCGAGGUGGCUGUGUCCCCAGGGAGGUGGCUCGCCAGGAUGCCAGUGCAGCCAGAAGCUGCAAGGAGUCCACCCGUUUCCCACACAGGAAGGUGCAGGCCAGAGCCUGAAGGCGGGCUUGUAGACAGCUUGGAUGUGAUUUUUUCUGAGAGAAAACCCUCUCAGUCGUUAAAGUACAGCUCAUCAGCCUUUUGGGAUAUUCGCAGUCCAGUUUUGCACAGUGGUAUGUGUGGGCCCAGCUACUGGGAAGCUUGAGACCAGCGGCUCACCAGCCUGACAGCACAGGCCAAGGCUUUGUCACAGACAAAAGGAAGAUUCAUCAUCUUGUACAGCCAGGACCUUGUAUGCCUCAAAGCCUUCUCACCGUUCAGAUGGGAGCCUUAUGCUGUUAGCCUCCAGUUCCCCACAAGAACCCGUCAGCCCAGCCAUCCCACUUUGGGGGGCGGGGGGUGCCUGUGUCCAGGCUCCUUUGUGGGGUGCCGUGUGUCAUCACUGCAGUCCUGUUGGUGACUGAACACUACCCUGUGCAUGCAGUUGUCCAUUCGGCUUGUCCAGUCACCAGCCCCCAGGUGGCUGCCUGUGCCUGUCUAGGAGUCCUGUGUGCUGGGCUCCCUGGGAACUGCUCAGUCCUUGUGGGCACAUGCCGAGGAGGGGCAGUGCGGGUCCUCUGGUGACCCUCCCUAUGCUUAACUUCUACGAACCCACCCCCAAGCCGUCUCCUACAGGAGCAGUCCCCUUCUACAGCCGUCACCACCCCAAGGACAUAGCUCCACUUUCAGCCUUGUUCCUGUGUGUCUUCAGAGUCUGGCCACCCAGUGAACUGGAAGGGACCUGAUGGGAGCUUACUUGCCUUCUCUUAGUGAUGAAUGACUUUAGCACCUUUUCUCCACUUUCUGGCCACUUCUGUAGUUCAGGAUAAAUGUCUAUUUACAUCA